GAGCGCCAGGCGGCCCAGGCCAUGGCCGCGGCCGCCCGGCGCGUCUUCCAUCUGCAGCCGUGCGGUAACUCCUCUCCCGCCAUGUCACAGAAUGGACACGUUGAAGAUUCAGCUGGGUCUCUAGGCUACAUCAAGUGUGACGUGGAUGACCCGGCCGAGGCCGAGGCUGAGGCCCACGAGGAGAGCCUGGGGGAUGAGGCGUUCGACACAGUCAACUCCUCCAUCGUGUCUGGCGAGAGCAUCCGCUUCUUUGUCAAUGUCAACCUCCAGGUGCAGCCGUCCAAGUCGGCCGACAGCGAAGUGGCGUCUGGUGGCUGCGUGCUCCUGCACACCUCCCGCAAGUACCUGAAGUUAAAGAACUUCGAGGAGGAGAUCCGCGCACACCGCGACCUCGACGGCUUCCUGGCGCAGGCCAGCAUUGUCCUGAACGAGACGGCCACCUCGCUGGAUGACGUGCUGCGCACCAUGCUGAGCCGCUUCGCCCAGGACCCCGACAACACCGAGCCCGACUGCAAUCUGGACCUGCUCAUGGCCAAGCUCUUUACCGACGCCGGGACCCCCAUGGAGAGCAAAGUCCACCUGCUGUCGGACACCAUCCAGGGCGUCACUGCCACAGUCACGGGGGUGCAGUACCAGCAGUCAUGGCUCUGCGUCAUCUGCACCAUGAAGGCCCUGCAGAAGCGGCACGUGUGUAUCAGCCGUCUGGUCCGCCCGCAGAACUGGGGCGAGAACUCCUGUGAGGUCCGCUUCGUCAUCCUGGUGCUGGCCCCACCCAAGAUGAAAAGCACCAAGACCGCGAUGGAGGUGGCACGCACGUUUGCCACCAUGUUCUCCGACAUCACCUUCCGCCAGAAGCUCCUGCGGACCCGCACGGAGGAGGAGUUCAAGGAGGCCUUGGUGCAUCAGAGACAGCUGCUCACCGUGGUGACACCCAAGACAAAGGAACACAGCAUGGUCUCCCUGCAGCUCCACAAACACCCGAAGCCCCCCAAGUGCAAGGACUUUGUUCCCUUUGGGAGGGGCAUCUGGGAGGACAUGGAGCGCAGGUUCCCCGUGUAUCCGCUGGACUUCACCGACGGCAUCAUCGGGAAAAACAAGGCCGUGGGCAAAUACAUCACCACCACCCUGUUCCUCUACUUCGCCUGUCUCCUGCCCACCAUCGCCUUCGGGUCCCUCAACGAUGAGAACACGAACGGGGCCAUUGAUGUGCAGAAGACCAUAGCCGGGCAGAGCAUCGGGGGGCUCCUGUACGCGCUCUUCUCGGGGCAGCCGCUGGUGAUCCUGCUGACAACCGCGCCCCUGGCCAUCUACACCCAGGUGAUCCGAGUCAUCUGUGACGACUACAACCUGGACUUCAACUCCUUCUACGCGUGGACGGGCCUGUGGAACAGCUUCUUCCUGGCGCUCUAUGCCUUCUUCAACCUCAGCCUGGUCAUGAGUCUCUUUAAGAGGUCCACAGAGGAGGUCAUCGCCCUGUUCAUUUCCAGCACGUUCGUGCUGGACGCCGUCAAGGGCAUGGUCAAAAUCUUCUGGAAGUACUACUACGGGCACUCCCACCACACAAAACGGACUUCACCGCUGGGGAGCCUGCUGGGCACUGGCACCGCACUCAAUGGCAGCCUCCAUGCUGCCCUCAACAGCAGCCUCCUGGCCAGCCCCACGGAGCUGGCUGCGGGGGGCAGCCCUGGCGCCCAGCACUCCGGCCAGGCCACGGCAGUGCUCAGCCUGCUCAUCAUGCUGGGCACGCUCUGGCUGGGCUACACCCUGUACCAGUUCAAGAAGAGCCCCUACCUGCACCCCUACGUGCGUGAGAUCCUGUCCGACUGUGCCCUGCCCAUCGCGGUGCUCACCUUCUCCCUCAUCAGCUCCUACGGCUUCCAGGAAAUAGAGAUGAGCAAGUUCCGCUACAACCCCAGCGACAACUUGUUUGAGAUGGCCCAGAUCCACUCCCUGUCCCUGGGGGCCAUCUGCAGUGCCAUGGGCCUUGGCUUCCUGCUCUCGUUGCUCUUCUUCAUCGAGCAGAACCUGGUGGCUGCCUUGGUGAACGCACCAGAGAACAGGCUGGUGAAAGGCACCGCCUACCACUGGGACCUCCUGCUGCUCGCCAUCAUCAACACCGGGCUGUCCCUGUUUGGGCUGCCCUGGCUCCACGCUGCCUACCCCCAUUCCCCUCUGCACGUGCGGGCACUGGCCUUGGUGGAGGAGCGUGUGGAGAACGGGCACAUUUACGAGACGAUCGUGAACGUGAAGGAGACGCGGCUGACCUCGCUGGGCGCCAGCGUCCUGGUGGGCUUCUCACUGCUGCUGCUGCCCUUCCCGCUGCAGUGGAUCCCCAAGCCCGUGCUCUACGGCCUCUUCCUCUACAUCGCACUCACCUCCCUGGACGGCCACCAGCUCUUUGAACGGGUGGCCCUGCUGCUCAAGGAGCAGACCUCCUACCCGCCCACGCACUACAUCCGGAGGGUGCCCCAGAGGAAGAUCCACUACUUCACGGGCCUGCAGGUCCUGCAGCUGCUGCUGCUCUGUGCCUUCGGCAUGAGCUCCCUGCCCUACAUGAAGAUGGUCUUUCCGCUCAUCAUGAUUGCCAUGAUUCCCAUCCGCUACAUCCUGCUACCCCGAAUCAUUGAAGCCAAAUACCUGGACGCCAUGGACGCCGAGCACAGGCCCUGACGGCAGACCCUAGCCACGGCCCCUCUGCCCGUGUGGGGAGGUGGGGCUGUCCCGUGGCUGCUCCGUGCUGCACCCUCUCACAGCUGUCUCCCAGACCUAGGGCAGCUGGCAUGACGGGGGCUCUGGGGUGUGUCCACCCCCCUCCCCGUUAGCCCUUAGCUCUGGGUCAGGACCUUUGCUCAGGGCAGGAGCUGCCCAGGGUGAGACGAAGCAGGAUGGAUUUUCUUUUGAUAAAAGAGUAGAUGCCUGAAAGAGAAACCAUUUCCUUGAUUGUGUAAGGAACUUGCUGUACGCACACUAGAGAAUAAAGUUCUGUUUCUAU